AUGACCGAAUCAUUACAGUUUACAAUUAAAAACAUAGAAAUCAAGGGGACACCGUUUAAAAUACUUCUUCAGAAUGAGAACGGGCCCUGUGCAUUGCUAGCCAUUGUCAAUCUACUGUUGAUCUCACCUCAACAUAAGCGCAUAAACUACUCACUAACUGAGCUUCUAGAAAAGAAGACUAGUACGGUAUCCCUUGAUGAAGUGAAUCAAGUAUUAGCCAACAUUGCCCUACAGAGCAACACUGAAAUGAAAGGUAGUAAUGGGGCUGAUAUGGAUCAAUUAUUGGAAUUGCUACCGCACUUACAUACGGGUUUAAACAUUAAUCCCAAGUUCGAUGGUACUUUUGAAGAUUCGAAUGAAAUGGCUUUGUUUCGAAUGUUCAAGAUACCCAUUGUUCAUGGUUGGGUCAUUGAAACCUUAUCUAAGUAUUCGUACGAAUCUGCCCAACAGGUUUUAUUGAAGGCAGCUGAGGGUGAUGAGGAAGCAGUAGGGGAAGCUACUUUAAUUCAAUUAUUUUUCGAUGAGACUGGCACUCAACUGACGCAGAACGGGCUAGCAUAUUUAAAUACCAUUUUGGAGGAAAAGGGAUUUGUGGUAUUGUUUAGGAAUGAUCAUUUCUCCACCAUUUAUAAGGAGAAUAACCAAUUAUAUUCUUUAGUCACAGAUCUAGGCUAUAGAAGACGUAAAGACAUCGUUUGGGAAAACAUUAAAUCAAUUGAUGGAUCUGAAGAUACGUUCUGUGACGGUAAUUUAGACACUAUAGACUUGAAGAUGGGCGGAGAAGAAAAAGAUUUUAAGAUCAAGAAAAAUGAUAAUAAUAAAAAUAAUGAAUUUGAUCCGGAGCUGACCAGUAAAUCCUUAAAGGAGGAAAUGUUGCAAAUUGAAAACGAUAAAGAAAUAGCUAAACAGCUACAGCAAGAGGAAGAUAUGAAAUCAAAAAGGAAGAGCCAGAAGAAGAAAAAAGUAGUGAAGAGACAGUCAAGUGCAAUUCCGACUCCAAAAAAGGAUCCAAUAGCGGAGAAAAAAACAUCUGCUACUGAUUGUGUGGUUAUGUAA